CACGUGAGACGAGGAUUAAUGAACUGGAAAAGACUUUAUUGCAAAUAAUAAGCUCCAACACAGUUAUUAUGAACCAAAGACUGGACAAGCUAAAUCAAGAACUCGAUGACUUAAAGGAAGAAGUUAAGCUGCUUUCCAAGGAAAAAACAGAAAUUGCAGAUAGUCUUCAAGUUCACUAAAACAUGGUGGAUGACAAACUUGAAAUUUCCAAAACCCACAUAAAAACUGGGGAUGAAAAGCUGAAGGAUUUGAAGGAAAAACUUCGUGAAAUGGAGGAUAGAUCGCGAAGAAAUAAUCUCCGAAUUGAUGGUUUGGCAGAACAUGAGAAAGGAAGUUGGGAAGAUUGCAAACAGAAGGUAAAAAAUCUUUUGAAACAGAAACUGAAUCUGGAAAAUAUAAUAAUCGAAAGAAUACACAGAGUUCGACCAAUGACGGAAAAAGAAGGUCCCAGAACUAUAGUGGCUAAAUUGUUAAACUGGGAAGACAAGGAAGCAAUAUUGAUGAAUGCAAAGAAGCUUAAAAAUACUUGUAUUUAUAUUUAUGAAGAUUUCUCUGCAGCAACAAGGCUUAUCAGAAAGGAGAAAUGGAUUGAAGUUCGAGACUUAGGGAACUUGGUAAAUGUGCAAUUUUAAAAUAUGACAAAGUAUUUUCUAGGGAUUUCAAACCAAAAACAUGAAUAAGUUUCCAUUACGCAAUAAGACAAUAGAUUUGCUUUUUCACAAGAUGGCUGAAACCAUAGGAGAAAAUUUUGAAAAAUUAGUUUUCGGAACUUUUAAUUCGCAAAGUAUCCUCUUAGAUAAUUCAACAGACCCUGACGUAAAUCUAAACAAAACUUUUUUCUCAGAUAAAAAGUACUUCACCGAAGAUGAAGCAAAACAAAAUCUACAUCACGAAACUUCUUUUUCUAUUUUACAUUUAAAUAU